AUGGCUGACCCACUGUCCGCAGUGGUAACCGCUCUCAAACGCGAGCAGAUCAUUCCCGAUGUAGCACCAGAAGACUUCAAUCCCUCAGUCUUGUUCUCCAUCAUCUAUCUUUCUGGGAAAGAAGCUAUCUUGAGCACAGAACUUGCAAGAGAAGACACCUUAGACGAGCCGCAGAUCAACUUUACGCCCAUGGUUAUGUCCGACGAGGCAGCUGGCGAUUCAACAAGCAGUGAAGGGGAGACGAUGUAUACGUUGGUUAUGACGGAUCCAGAUGCGCCAUCGCGCGCUGAACCGAAGUACAGGCAGUUCAGGCAUUGGGUGAUAACUGGGUUAAAAUCACCUGCUAAAACCCCUACAGAGACUGAUAGUCUUAUGGCCCUGAAGACGAAACUGUCCAUCACGCCCUAUCGACCUCCAGGACCUCCUCCAGGCUCCGGCCUUCAUCGAUAUACUUUUCUCCUGUUCCAAGAACCGAAAGGAGGGAUUUCCAUACCAGAAGACGCAAAGGAAUAUGGUGCUGCAUUGGAGGAGAGGCGAAGUUGGAAUGCUGUCGAGUUUGGGAAACAGUAUGGACUCAAACUGGUCGGGGCGAACUACUUCUUGGUUCGUUCAACCGAUUAG